AUGUACAAGGUGCGCGAGCGGAUUAUCCUGGACCGACUUAUUAAGCAUCGCGAAGAAACAACGCGCGACAAGCAAGCUGGCUUUUGUCCUGGCCGAUCUACGAUUGACCAGGUGUUCACCGUUAGGAGAAUGAUCGAAAUCUGGGAGCGAUACUCGAAGCCUCUACAGUUGAAUUUUUGGACUUCGAAGCUGCCUUCGAUUCUCCUAACCGACGCAGCCUGGAGCUCCAUGAAAAUGAACGGCAUCAAGAGAAGAACAAUUGCAGCGGUUCGAUACCUAGCUGGAUGUACUACAGUGUUCGAAUCGGAAAGUGUAAUGAGACAAGGGGCAAAGGCGGGUCCCUUUCGAUUCUCCUCAUCGAGGCCGUCUUCACAACGCGCUUUGCGCCGAUGA